AUGGCAUCACUCAUGAGGACCGCUGCACGCCUGCAGCCAGUGCUGCGAUCUACUGCGCUACGCCACACCUCGAUCGUCUCGGCCAGACGAACAAUGGCCUCCCAGAGCCCACCGCGCAACGCAAGUGCUGCCGCCGCGGUGAGGACGCGCGCCGCCGACGCUGCUGAGCAGCCAUAUUUCCCAGACGAGCCUGCGGCACCUGUCAUUCGGACAGCCAUCCCAGGCCCCAAGUCGCAAGAGGCAAUCAAAGAGCUUGACAGAGUCUUCGACACCAGAUCGCUGAACAUGAUGGCCAACUACCAGAACAGCUUCGGCAACUACAUUGCAGACCUGGACGGAAACGUUCUGCUCGAUGUCUACGCACAGAUUGCUUCCAUCCCCGUGGGGUACAGCAAUCCAAGCUUGCUCCUCGCGGCCACUAGCCCAGACAUGGCGUCUGCCAUUAUCAACAGACCAGCGUUGGGCAACUUCCCACAGCACGACUGGGCACACAUUCUCGAGACUGGUAUCUUGAAGGUCGCACCACCUGGCUGUGACCAAGUCUUCACCGCCCAGGCUGGCUCUGACGCCAACGAGCUUGCCUACAAGGCUGCCUUCAUGUGGAGGCGUCGUCAAGAGCGUGGAGGCCCAGAUGUUGAGUUCACGCAGGAGGAGAUCGACUCUUCCAUGAACAACAAGUCCCCAGGUUCUCCUGACAUGUCCAUCCUCUCCUUCAAGACCGCUUUCCACGGACGUCUCUUCGGCUCCCUCUCCACCACCCGCUCUAAGCCAAUUCACAAGCUCGACAUUCCAGCCUUCGAUUGGCCACAAGCAUCCUUCCCAUCUCUCAAGUACCCCCUCGAGCAACACGCCGAAGAGAACGCCAAGGAGGAGGCCCGCUGCCUUGCCGAAGUCGAAGAGCUCCUCACCACCUACCAUAACCCACCUGCAGCUGUCAUCGUCGAGCCAAUCCAAUCCGAGGGCGGUGACAACCACGCCAGCCCAGCCUUCUUCAACGGCCUCCGCGAAGUGACCCGCAAACACAAUGUCCUCCUCAUCGUCGACGAAGUUCAGACCGGUGUCGGCGCCACCGGCAAGUUCUGGGCCCACGAGCACUGGAACCUCCGCGACCCACCCGACAUGGUGACAUUCUCCAAGAAAGCACAAACAGCAGGCUACUACUUCGGCAACCCAGAGCUUCGACCCAACAAGCCAUACCCUCGUGCCCUCCUCUUCCGCGCCAUCAUCAACGAGGUCGAGAGACUCAACUUGGUACAGAACACUGCCGAGACCGGCGAGUACCUCUACAGCGGUCUCGAGAACUUGGGUCAGAAGUACCCAGGCGAGAUUCAGAACCUUCGCGGUAAAGGUCAGGGCACCUUCAUUGCCUGGGACUCACCACGACGAGACGAGGUUCUGAAGAAGGCGAAGGGUGUUGGUAUCAACAUUGGUGGCUCUGGUGAGCGUGCUGUCCGCCUGAGGCCGAUGUUGAUCUUCCAGAAAAAGCACGCCGACAUCUUCCUCGAGGCUUUGGAGAAGGUCCUCAAGUCAUGA